GUAAUAAAGAUAUUAAUAUAAUAAUGGAUGCUUUAUGUGCAAAUCCAGGUUGUGAUAAACCAGCCAAACUUCAAUGCCCAACUUGUGUAAACUUAAAAUUGGAAACACCAUCACAUUUCUGUUCACAAGAAUGCUUUAAAUUAUUUUGGCCAAUCCAUAAAUUAUUUCACACUCCAUCAAACAACACAAACAGCGAUUUACCACCAGGUUUCAGACAUUACAAAUUUACUGGACCAUUAAGACCAGCUAAAGUUACUCCUAUGAGAAAAGUACCAGAAGGUAUUCAAUUAACAGAUUAUGCCAUUGGUUCUAUCCCAAUUAGUGAAAAAGCAUCAGAUAGAAAGAAUGCACCAAUUGUAGUUCAUACACCAGAAGAAAUUGAAAUUAUGAGAGAAUUAGGAAAAAUGUCAAGAGAGGUUUUAGAUAUUGCAGGCCAUUCAGCAAAAGUUGGUAUGACAACCGAAGAAUUAGAUAUUAUUGUUCACAAUUCAAUUGUCGAAAGAGGAGCAUAUCCAUCACCAUUAAAUUAUUAUAAAUUCCCAAAAUCCUGUUGCACAUCAGUAAAUGAAGUUAUUUGUCAUGGUAUUCCAGAUGAAAGACCAUUAAAAGAUGGUGAUAUUUUAAAUGUAGAUGUCACAUUAUAUUGGAAAGGUUUCCAUUGUGAUUUAAAUGAAACAUACUUAAUUGGAAAUGUAGACGAAAAGGGUAAAAAAUUAGUACAAACAGCUUACGAAUGUUUAGAUUUAGCAAUUGCAAUGUGUAAACCAGGGGUAUUAUAUAGAGAGCUUGGUAAUGCUAUUCAAAAACAUGCAAAUAAAAAUGGUUUUUCAGUUGUAAAGAAUUUUUGUGGUCAUGGUAUUGGCAGAUUAUUCCAUUGCAACCCAACUGUCCCACAUUAUUCAAAAAAUAAAGCUGUUGGAACAAUGAAGGUUGGUCAUGUUUUUACUAUAGAACCAAUGAUUAACGAAGGAACAUGGCAAGAUGAAAUUUGGCCAGAUGAUUGGACCGCUGUUACUUGUGAUGGUAAAAGAAGUGCCCAAUUCGAACAUACUCUCGUUAUUACAGAAACAGGUUGCGAAGUACUCAGCAAGAGAAUGGAAAGCUCG